AUGUUGAUUGCUCAAAACAGGGUGAAGAGGGCGAGGAGAUACCUAUUCCUCUGGCCGGUGGUGACAUCCUCAGCUCUGCUAACAUGUGGUGUUUGGUCAGUCUUCGGUUACUCUGCCUUGGCCCUUCCCCAGCUCAUCAAUCCCAACGCCAGCCUCUAUCUUAGUGAUGCCAGCCUUCACGCCAACACCAGCCUCCACGCCGACACCAGCUUCCACGCCGACACCAGCUUCCACGCCAACUCCAGCCUCCACGCCGACACCAGCCUCCACGCCGACACCAGCUUCCACGCCGACACCAUCCUCACCAUCGACAUGCCCCAUGCUAACACCGGCCUCUAUCUCUCAUCAUCACAAGCCAGUUGGUUCGCCACGUUGCCACUAUUCAUGUGCAUCCCUGGAUCAGUGCUGGGAGGCAUACUGUGCGAGUGGGCAGGACCCAGGCGUCUUCAGCUCUUCCUAGCUCCUGUCCUUGCUAUCUUCUUCAUGGCCGCACAUCUUGCUUCCUGGCCAUACAUCCAACAAGCCGGGGCUGCUCCAACCAUCUUUUUGGUUUUCAGGGUUCUCCAGGGAGCGACAGCAGCAGUGCUCAUUCCUACCAUCUCAGUGUAUAUAUGUGAGGUGAGUACUGUUUCUUACCGUGGAUGCCUGACCAGCUUGGUCGAGGCAUGGGUCACCCUAGGUUUCCUGCUGUGUUACCUGCUGGGUCGCUACCUCUACUGGUAUACUGCAGCCUUGCUCCUUCCCUUGAUGACCAUUGUUCCAAGUUGCUUCUGUCUCCUGUUGUCUCCCGAGUCUCCAGUGUGGCUCGUCAGGAAAGGAAGAGAUGCAGAGGUAAAAAUGACUCUCCUGAAGCUUCGGCAUUCGCCAGAGAAAGUGGAAAACGAGAUGACAGAAAUGAAAGUGUGUGUUGUAAAGGAAAAUUAUUCGUUUUAUGAUUCAUUGAUGUUGCUAAAGAAAAAAGCAACAUAAA